UUUUGGUUCUAAACAUUUAGUCGAAUACGAGCCUAACGGGUCUUCAAAAUGGAGACGAGACUAAUCGGAUUGUGUCUUUUGUUCGUUUUUGUUCAGUGUUUUAUUGUACAGGGUGUGUCGGUCAGAGAAUUUUAUCCAUUCAGUCGAUUUACGGACGCGAAAUUGCCAGCGAAUGAUGAUGGUAGUUCUGGCGAGUUAACUUUAUCUGUGCCAUUCCCAUUCUUCAAGUCAAAAUAUCAGCGUUUGUUUGUUAACACAAAUGGAGUUAUCUCAUUCAAAGACAGUGUUGAAGAGUUUACUCCAAUUACAUUUCCAAAGAAAAAUAACCAGCCAAUGAUCGCACCGUAUUGGGCUGACGUAGACACACGUAACGGAGGAGAGGUCUUCUAUCGUCAGUCAACCAGUGUUGAAUUAUUUCAACGAGCGACGAAUGAUGUCAAGAAAUAUUUCCCUGGACAGUUUCCCUCGUUCCAAGCAUCGUGGGUCUUCAUAGCCACUUGGCAGAAUGUCUCACGUUUUAGAAGAAGCAGAUCUAUAUAUUCUGGAUUUGGUGAUCCCCUGAAAAACACGUUUCAAGUUGUUCUCAUCACAAAUGGACGUCACUCGUUCGCUUUGUUUUACUAUGAAAAAAUUGAAUGGACUACUGGGGAUGCAAGUAAGAGCAUCUAUGGCGGGAUUCCUGCCCAGGCUGGUUUUAAUUUUGGUGAUGGAACGAGAUACUACAGCGUUCGUGGUUCUCAGACGGAUCUUAUCAGGCAGUUGCCGACGCUUUCUAACGUUGGUGUUCCAGGAAUGUUCGUGUUUAGGGUAGACGAGGCUGAGAUUACAAAUGGAGGCUGCAAUACAGCAGGAGGUUUAACUCUUUCACCAAGAAGUGGUCUCGUUCUCGGUGGAACUAUUGUGGAGCUAUCUGGUCCUUGCUUUAAUGUAACAUCUGAUGCUGUCGUAUGUCGUUUCAAUGGGAAAAUAAUAGCUGAGGGAAAUAUAAUUGAUAGAUAUAAGGCUUCUUGUGUUACUCCACCUUUGAUUGAUAUUGGACGAAUGUCGGUGGAAUUAUCCUUGGAUGAUGGUAUAACAUACAACUUCACAUCACAAUUUACUUCAGUUGCUCUUGGACGACAUGGGCCAGGCAUCUCAGGAUUAAUGUCAAAGGAUUGGACAAGACAAAUCGACACACUCGUCAUCGGCUGGAACCCUCAUAGCUUAAGAACGCGCGAACCUAUUAACAUUGAAGUCGCGAAGUUUGAUUGGGAAACCUUCGAGUUACUGGAGAAUAAGACUGUUGUAAAAGCAAAUACUGCGAACUUUGGUUUUGAGGUUGUCCGUGAUUUAGUCCAGACUGUUUAUCAUAUGCCGCCUGUAAGUCUAAACAACUCAGAAAGAUACGUCUCGCCGUUAUCAAUCGUAACAAUAAGCGCUCCCAAACCAGCAAGAGGUUUUCCUGCACGGCUGUACAGCGAACCAUUUCUAGCCAUUCCAGUUAAAAACAUAACAAAAAAGAUCAAGGCUACUUAUGAUAAACUUGCGAUUCCUCAGAGGUGUAAAGAUUGGUUUGGGGAUGAUAAUUUUAAUGUCAGACGUGCUUUAGAUGGGUUGAUUGGGUGUCCAAAAAGUCUGGAGCAAGCUGAAGCAGACAACAGAUUUAUGUCAGAUGAUUAUUGUAAACCUCCAAGAACAACAUCGUGUAUAGCGUAUCACAAUGGUUCAUAUCAUUGCUUUCGAUCUGUUUUUCCAAACCCAAAUGGAGCUGGUCAGCAGUGUUGCUACACAAAACAGGGCAGACUAGUGGUUGGUCCACCUGGUGGAGGGACAGUUGACAGAUAUCAUGCAGGCAGUUCACGCUUUUCCACGUUGCAACAUCUCAAAGAAGAUAUUUACCCCUGGUACCUUUGCUGUAGAUUAAGCAAGAGUUGUGGCUUGUACUACGCUAGCAGACCAUCAGAGAAUGGUACUCGAUACACUCCGCCACAGAUUGCCACAACGUUUGGAGAUCCUCAUUUGGUUACUCUUGAUGGCUUCCAAUACACAUUCAACGGAUAUGGCGAGUACACGAUGGUGAACAUUGAUGAAAUUGGUUUUAAAUUCCAAGCACGAAUGCAGCCGAUAAAAACAAAGGGAACGAAUUCGCGGGGAACAUUUUUAAUGGCCUUUGUUCUUCAAGAUGACUACAGUGAUACUGUUCAGGUUGAAAUGAAUUCUCUGAAACAGCUGGCCAUCUAUGUAAACGGCGUUGAGGAAUCUUUUGACACCAACACAACAUUAAUGGAGUUUGAUAACGUUAUUUUAACGAGACAAAAUGAAUCCGACCUGCAAGUCAUGUUUCGAUCUGAAAUAAGUGUUAGCGUCAGCAAGAACGAUUUUUCACUCUCUUUCGAGACUUUGUUUCCAGAAACUUUCAAAGGGAAGACUAAAGGUUUGCUUGGAGUUUGGGACGACGAUAAGAAGAAUGAUUUAACACUACCCUCUGGUGAACAAAUGGACAUAAAUUCAAAGUCGCGAAAAAUACACAAAUUUGGACAAAAAUGGUUGCUCAGUUCAAAAGAAUCAUUAUUUACCUACCAUGAAGAUACAAAAUACGAAGAUUUCGUGAACAAGUCGUAUAAACCUAUGUUCUUUGAUGAACUCGACACUCUGUUCAGUGACAAAGCUCAGGAAAUACAAGCCAGAGCAGCUUGUGGUGGAGUUAAGGAAUGUCUUUUCGAUAUUGCUGCAAGUGGUAGCUUGAGUUUUGCCAUUGCUACCAAAAAAUCUGUGGAACAUUUCACCGAAAGGAAAAAGAAUAUUAGCAUAGUUCGUGUCCCUCUUUACUUCAACUGUGAUGGGGUGAAAGUGUCUGGUCCAUGCAAGGCUUGUCAUCAUAUGUGUGUUUCAGAAUCGGAUCACACAGUUGUUAUCGUUCUCUCGGUCCUAUUUGGCAUCCUCGCAUGCGUGAUUGCUUGUGUUAUUGUGUUUUACUACAUAUACAGAGUUCAUAAAGAACCAGAGCCACCAAAGCUCCCGCCAAAACCUGAGGUGAAACCUAAACCAAGGGAAGAAGGGGAAAAACCUACAUCGGAACCAACCGUAAUGGCGUUUGUACUGCCGGCGUUCCCCGAAUCUAAACGCGACUCUGCGAUGCAUCAAUAACGUAGAAUUAGAAUGCUCUUAAUUGGUUCUAAUUGUAAUCGAACUUGUCAGACAAAUAACGGAACGCUUAAAUUUAUCGAAAAGUGUAACAUUUGUGGUGCCCUCUAAAUAUUUGGUGAAACUUGACGUGUAUUUAUGGUUAUAUAUAAAGCAUGGAUUUGACGUUAUUAUAUAUCAAUUAUAUUAAUUAAAUAACAUAAAUUUUUUUUCUGAGGUUGCAAUGAAAAAAAGGUCUUAUAGAAUGCAAUUUCUAAAAUUAGAAAUAACAGCGCAAACUCUACUACGGUAUAGUACCGAUAUUGCAUUAUUGUGCUUCCCAGCGCAGAAAUUUGCAUAAUUCGUUUGGACAUCAUUGAGAG